CAGUUUUCGACACACUCAACAUCCAACGGUCUGUACCAACCAAUAUCCAAUAACAUCAUCUAAACAAGGUAAGGUGUGAUGGUAUUAAAGUGGUUCGGUACGGUUUGAAUUGGUUAGAUCAACUGAAGAUAGAGUCUCCGGUUACAUUGGGUUUGAAAAAUUGAAAGGUAGGAAAAUAAAAAAGAAGGAUUCGAAUUUAGGGAUUGCGGGAGAUUGUCCCUUGAAGUUCAUUCGAAAUCCAGAGAUGAUGCUUCGAUUCCAGAUCUCCAAUGGCCAAUGGGUUCUCGACAUGGUUAGUGAAAGGAAUCUUUCGGGAUGGGAACCAAACGGAAUGGGAAGACCGAAGAGGAAAGGUUUUGGAGAAAUCAAUCAGACCUCCAAAGGCCAAAGCCACCUUCCGAUUUAGUUUGGGCAGAAAAUGGUGGGUGACGAUUUGGUGUUUGCUGUUAAUGGAGAGAGAUUUGAAGUCUUGUCAGUCAAUCCUUCUACGACUUUACUCGAGUUCUUGCGUUCCAACACUCGCUUUAAGAGUGUCAAGCUCAGCUGUGGCGAAGGGGGUUGUGGUGCUUGCAUCGUAAUUCUAUCAAAAUAUGAUCCUGUGUUAGACCAAGUCGAGGAGUAUUCUAUAAACUCUUGCCUGACCCUUCUUUGCAGCAUAAAUGGGUGCUCCAUAACCACAUCCGAUGGACUUGGAAACACUGAAAAAGGGUUCCACCCAAUUCACAAGAGAUUUGCAGGGUUCCAUGCCUCUCAAUGUGGUUUCUGUACCCCGGGGAUGUGCAUCUCUCUCUACUCUGCUCUUUCAAAAGCCCAUAACUCCAAAAACUCACAAUCUUCUCCGGAUUACCUGACUGCUCUUGAAGCCGAGAAGUCUAUUGCUGGAAAUCUUUGUCGCUGCACCGGUUAUCGUCCCAUUGCUGAUGCUUGUAAGAGUUUUGCUGCUGAUGUGGAUAUAGAGGAUUUGGGUUUCAACUCUUUUUGGAGGAAAGGAGAAAGCAGAGAAGAGAUGUUCAAGAAAUUGCCUCCUUACAACCCUGAUAAAGAUCUUGUCACUUUUCCAGACUUCUUGAAGGAAAAGAUAAAGUGUCAACAAAAUGUUUUGGAUCAGACAAGGUAUCAUUGGAGCACUCCUGUUAGCGUCGCAGAGCUUCAGGAAAUAUUGGCAACAACCAACCCUGGAAAAGAUAGAGGUUUGAUCAAACUAGUUGUUGGCAACACGGGAACAGGUUACUACAAAGAAGAGAAACAAUAUGGUAGAUAUAUUGAUAUUAGUCACAUUCCAGAGAUGUCAAUGAUCAAGAAAGAUGACAGAGGUAUUGAAAUUGGAGCAGUUGUUACCAUAUCUAAAGUUAUUGAUGCUUUGAUGGAGGAAAAUACAUCUGCUUAUGUUUUCAAGAAAAUCGGUGUCCAUAUGGAGAAGGUGGCCAACCAUUUUAUCAGAAACUCAGGGAGUAUCGGUGGUAAUCUAGUGAUGGCACAGAGCAAAAGUUUUCCUUCUGACAUAACCACACUUUUGCUCGCUGCAGAUGCAUCUGUGUAUAUGAUAAAUGCAGGGAGACACGAGAAGCUUAGGAUGGGAGAGUAUCUUGUGUCGCCUCCAAUAUUAGACACUAAAACUGUUCUUUUAAAGGUUCAUAUUCCUAGCUGGAUUGCUUCUUCCACUACUGGUUUGCUUUUCGAAACCUAUCGAGCUGCACUUCGCCCUAUUGGAAGUGCAUUGCCUUAUAUCAACGCUGCUUUCUUAGCAGUAGUCUCUCAAGAUGCAUCAUCAAGAGGCAUCAUUGUGGAUAAAUGCCGGUUGGCAUUUGGUUCUUUUGGUGGGUAUCAUUCCAUCAGGGCGAGGGAAGUUGAAGAUUUCUUGACGGGUAAAAUACUCAGCCACAGUGUUUUAUAUGAAGCUGUGAGGUUACUUAAAGGGAUCAUAGUGCCCAGCAUAGAUACCUCAUAUCCUGAGUAUAAGAAAAGCUUGGCUGUUGGGUUUCUCUUUGAUUUUCUCUAUCCUCUGAUCGAGAGCGGCAGUUGGGAUUCAAAAAGAAAGCAUAUUGAUGGGCACGUCGAUCCAACAGUAUGUCUACCUUUGCUGUCAUCUGCACAGCAGGUGUUUGAAAGUAAAGAAUAUCACCCUGUUGGUGAAGCCAUUAUCAAAUUUGGAGCUGAAAUGCAGGCUUCUGGUGAAGCUGUUUACGUUGAUGAUAUUCCAUCCUUACCCCAUUGUCUACAUGGAGCAUUCAUCUAUAGCACAAAGCCAUUAGCUUGGAUUAAGAGCGUUGGUUUCGGAGGAAAUGUGACACCAAUUGGAGUUUUGGCAGUUAUUACUUUCAAGGAUAUUCCUCAAGUGGGGCAAAACAUUGGUUACAUAUCGAUGUUUGGCACAGGGCUUCUAUUUGCAGAUGAAGUUACUAUAUCUGCCGGACAAAUAAUUGCUCUUGUGGUUGCAGACACACAAAAACAUGCCGAUAUGGCAGCAAACCUCGCAGUAGUUGAGUACGAUUCAAGGUAUAUAGGAACACCAGUAUUAUCUGUGGAGGAUGCAGUCAAAAGGUCCAGCCUUUUUGAGGUUCCUCCCGAGUAUUACCCCGAACCCGUUGGCGAUAUUUCAAAAGGAAUGGCUGAAGCUGAUCGCAAGAUACGCUCAGUAGAGUUGAGACUUGGGUCACAGUACUUCUUCUAUAUGGAGACACAAACAGCACUUGCCUUGCCAGACGAAGACAACUGUUUAGUGGUUUACAGUUCAACUCAAUCACCCGAGUACACACAAUCAGUAAUUGCUACAUGUCUUGGAAUUCCAGCGCAUAACGUUCGAGUCAUCACCAGAAGAAUUGGAGGUGGCUUUGGUGGAAAAGCUAUAAAGUCUAUGCCUGUUGCAACAGCAUGUGCGCUUGCUGCAAAAAAAAUGCAGCAUCCUGUAAGGAUAUACGUCAACCGUAAGACUGAUAUGGUAAUGGCUGGAGGAAGGCAUCCCAUGAAAAUAACUUACAGUGUAGGUUUCAGAUCUGACGGUAAACUCACAGCACUAGCGCUAAAUAUGUUAAUAGAUGCAGGGUGUGAUGUGGAUGUAAGUCUAGUAAUGCCACAGAAUAUAAUGAAUUCCCUGAGGAAAUAUGAAUGGGGCGCAUUGUCAUUUGACAUUAAAGUGUGUAAGACAAACCUUCCGAGCAGAACGUCUUUAAGGGCACCCGGUGAGGUACAAGGUUCAUACAUUGCUGAAUCCAUUAUUGAGAAUGUAGCAUCUUCCCUGAACAUGGACGUGGAUGUUGUGAGAAGGAUAAAUCUUCAUACUUACGAAAGCCUCAGCAAGUUUUAUAAGCAAGUUGCUGGUGAGCCUGAUGAAUAUACUUUGCCUUUAUUGUGGGAUAAAUUGGAGAUAUCUGCAGAUUUCAGGCGAAGGGUUGAAUCGGUGAAAGAGUUUAACCGAUGUAACAUAUGGCGCAAAAGGGGGAUUUCUCGAGUACCCAUCAUCCAUCAAGUUGUGCAUAGGCCAACUCCAGGAAAAGUAAGCAUUUUGAAUGAUGGUUCGGUUGCGGUUGAGGUUGCAGGGAUUGAGGUGGGGCAAGGGUUGUGGACAAAGGUACAACAGAUGGUUGCUUAUGGUCUUGGUAUGAUAAAAUGCGACGGAAGUGAAGAUCUGCUUGAAAGAACACGGCUUCUUCAGACUGACACACUCAGUAUGGCUCAAAGCAGUUACACUGCGGGUAGCACAACAUCCGAGAACUGUUGUGAAGCAGUGAGGCUUUGCUGCGGUAUCUUGGUGGAGAGGCUGAAACCUACCAUGAAUCAGAUUCUGGAGAAUGCUCGAUCCGUGACAUGGGACAUGCUCAUUCAACAGGAAAUAUCUCCAUAUGUGAAACCGCAGGCAUAUGCUCAAUCUGUGGACCUAUCAGCUCGGACAUUUUAUAAGCCAGAGUCCUCUUCUGCAGAAUAUCUCAACUACGGAGUUGGAGCCAGUGAGGUGGAGGUUGACCUUGUGACAGGAAGAACAGAAAUUAUAAGAUCAGAUAUUAUCUAUGACUGUGGAAAAAGCCUUAAUCCUGCUGUUGAUUUAGGACAGAUCGAAGGAGCGUUUGUUCAAGGAAUAGGGUUUUUCAUGUAUGAGGAGUACACGACAAAUGAAAACGGGCUUGUGAAGGAAGAAGGUACAUGGGACUACAAAAUACCUACAAUAGACACAAUUCCCAAACAAUUCAACGUUCAGAUUCUCAACAGUGGUCAUCACAAGAACCGCAUUCUUUCCUCUAAAGCUUCAGGUGAGCCUCCGUUGCUUGUGGCGGCUUCUGUGCACUGUGCAACAAGAUCAGCCAUUAGAGAAGCUCGAAAACAGUACCUUUCAUGGAAUUGCGAUAAUGGUGAUCGUACCGACGUAUCUGAUAUUGGUUUUGAGUUGCCGGUUCCAGCGAUUAUGCCGGUAGUGAAGCAGCUUUGUGGCCUUGAAAGCGUAGAGAAGUACUUAGAAUGGAAAACAUAUCCUUAAAAUAACAGAGUCACUUAGAGAUGAUGGAAAAAUCAAAAUAUUAUCUGUUUUGUUUUCUUAUUAUAUAAAUAUAUAUAUAUAAAUUUAUGUACUAUCAUACAAGGCUUGUACCACAAACAAAGAAAACUCCUAAAUCAAGGAAACUGAAACU